ACAGGAGGCGAUGAAGCUCUCUCUUCAGCAGCACGAUCACUUCGCCCAAGCUCGUUGUAUGGGUGUCUUCGCUGAUGUUCAUAGAAACAGAGGGGACUGCGAGAGGGCGUUUCCUAGAUACGAGUCUGCGUUGAAUCUGAUGUCUGAUAUUGGUGAUCGCUAUGGUCAGAUUAUCGUUCUUGCCGGGAUGACCAAAGCAUUGAUUCAUAUGAAGCAACCCGAGAAGGCAAUAGACUUCUGCAACAAAGCAAUGGAAGUCGCAACUAGUAUUGGCAAUAAGAUGUGCAUGCUGCGAUCGAACUGGACCCUUCAUACGCUGUACAGAGCCAUUGGAGAUAUGACGUCAUCGCAGCAACACGCCUGCAAGUUUGACCAGUACCUACAAGAGAUGGAGCUCUACUGUGGUGUGUGUCACGAGGUGAUGGGCAACAGAGAGAACAGUCUCAAUAGUCUCACGUGCUUCCACAUAUUUCAUUCAAGGUGCGUGGAGAAUAGCACAUUCAAGACGAGAGGCUGUCCAAACUGCAAGAAGACUUCCCACCUCUCAUCGCCGGUACCAGUAUAGCAUCAUCCAACAGGGCUCUGCACCCCUCAGAGAGGUGUAAAGAUCACCCCCCCCCCCCCCCCCUCUUCCACCACUCUCACUUCUACCACUAUCUCUUAUAGUAAACUGUGUUAGCAAUCGUCACUUUGGUGGAUCUCUUGAAGAAGACUUCGCACCUUUCCUCCACGGUUACGGUGUGGCAUCAUCUACGGUUACGGUGUAGCAUCAUCCGACAAUCCAGGAGUCCCUCAGAGGGGUGUAAACUUUGACUUUGAUAUAUACCUUGAAACAACUGGGAAUGAAUACCAUAAUGCAAUGAUGAUGAAAAUGUUAUUCAUUAUGGUUUUGCACAUAACAAAAUUAUUUAAAAUUUCAACGAGCACAUUAGCCUGACGUUUGCUCCUUUCGCCAUUAUAGACUCAAAUGACAUAAGAACGAAUUGCACAAUGUUAGUGCACCUUCUCUUAAGAGGGAAAAAAAAUCGAUAAAAUAAAAUGCUUUCUCGUAAAGAUAUACUCACUGCGCCCUGAGCCCCUGUUGCAUAAAAUUUACUAUUGAUGGUAAACUUUGCCAUCAAUGUCAACUACCAUGGUAACAGGGCUCAACAGCCAAUAGAAAUCAAGGUUUUCAUGGUAGUUACCAUUGGUGGCAAAGUUACCAUCAAUGAUAAGUUUUGUGCAACGGGGUCCAGGACUUGAACCCUAAACUUCUCGACUGGAAGUCAAUUGCAUGAAACAGUAGGCCUACACAAAACUACACAACAAUGCUCGUACAGAAUAAAUUUCCCUUUACUUUGUGAAUCUUGAGAUAUCAAUAUGGAAUCAUUCUUGGUGGGCGCUAAAGCCUCUCCGACAUUUAUAAAUAUGCUUGGGAAAGGGGGUGGGAGGUAUCGUACCCCAAAAAGUAAAAACAAGAAUUCAGCUUAAUUAUGAAUAUACCCGUCAGAUAUGAUACUUAUUACUUUAUGCAUUUCGUAUUUGCACGAUGCACAAACCUAUGCUACUGAAUAUUUUUGCCGCCGUUUAAAUUUGUAAAUAGACAAAGCGAUAUUAACAUUUUAUUUACAUUUGUUUGAUAUGACUUGUAAAAUAAAGCUAUGUAUUUAGUGUAAAUCAUGAGAACAUAUUUUAUACGCAAUUGUACUACUACUAUUGUUAUUAUUAUGCAAAGUAUUAUCGAAAGUGCUAUGUACAAAAAGAAAUAAGCUAGAUCAUCUAUAAGGUGACAUAAAAUUAAUGUAUGCGUAAUGUUGCUUAUAGCUAGGCAUGAUGUAGUAUUGAGGCUUUAUGCUUUACGUUUAACUCUUUCAGCACAAUAUUUAUUUCUCGGGCCUAAUUGAUCACAUAAUGUUCUUCAAAUUGGCAACAAAAAUACUGUUCUUUUAUUGCUACAUUGUUAAAAUGAACUGAAAUGAGUCUGAAAUCAAUAUACAUGAGCGCAAAUUUUGGUCGGAAAACAAUAACAUUGAUUCUCUCAAUGUUUUACUGAUUUAGAGAUAUUAAAGAGAACUUUUCUCUAUAUAAAGUCCUGGCAUGAAACGCAUUAUAGCAGUGAAAUUUAAAAAAAUGGAUGCAGUGUAUGCAGAAACUGUUGUCCUUUCUACUCAAGCGUCUUGCAUAUUUGAUAAGGCUGUAAAUCAAAUAUAGAACCAAACUGUAAACUUGUUAGUGAUAAUAACUUUUAUGAAGUGGGGUCUGGAGUCGUAUCGUUUUAGUGUUAUCAAUUCUGUUGCUAUGUUUCCAUAGGCUUUAAUGUCGCCGAUAAAAUUGCGGUUCUUUAUUUUUCCCUCUUGACUAUGUUGUUUAGAAUACUUCAAAUGUAAAAACGGACAGUGUUCGAAGUUAUGUAUUUUUUUCUCUUUCGUGUAUUUCAAUUGCUAUUUUUUCUUUCUUGUAUGCCAUGUAUCCUUGUUUUUACAAUGAAUGUAUUUUUUUUCUUUAGGAUAUAUGUAUUUUUUCUUUACAACAUAUCAUUUCAGUAUUUGCAUGAUUACAAACUCGCACCACUCACGACCUCGUAUUUAUAAGUUCAGAUUUCCUUGUUUUUCACUACGCAUGUACACGCCCGCCAUUGGGAUGUUGUUGUUUUUUUUGGUAAAACUUAUCAUUUGUAUUCAAUAUUGUGUCAAAGCUUGCAUGUUUAGAUUAUUAUCAAAGACGAAAGAAAUGAGAAGGCGGAUAUCUGAAAUGGGGAAGGAAAAUGAUAAGUGUUGUUUUAUUAACGCCACGUAAGCUCACUCUAAUACGCCCUUUUCGUAAUGUAACCAAAUUUAUUUUUUCCUUGAUUACGAUUACGAAUUCACCUGUUACGAAUAAUUGUAUUUCAGUAAUCAGAAUGCACACUCCAUAUAUUGCAUGUUGCUAGGUACAGCAAGCCAUAGUCUUUUUCCUACCUAGCAACAACUGAUUUAUGCUAUUUGAAUUCUGACUAGUGAGAUACAUUUAUUCGUAUAAUUCGUAUCGAAGCGCUUCAGAAAGGUAUAUUCAUAAAUUUGGUUACAUUACGAAAAGGGCCUAUUGGCAAACCUCUACUGUUUACUUUUAAAAUUUGAUUCUUAUUUUGUUAUCAUUGUUAUUCUUGUUAUUCUUAUUUAUUAAUAGGGGAGGGUUGCGGAGAUUUAUUGUUUUCAAAACUUCUUUUCAUCGUAACAAGACUAUUGUAGCCUGUUUCAUGACACCCCUCCCCAUAACGUCUUCUGUGUGUUCAGAAUUUCCUUUUAUCAAAUAACACGAUUGUAAACACUUUGACAAAAUCAAGCGCCAUUUUAAUACCCUUGCCAAAGGACAUUAAUGACGCGGCUGGGACUCGAACCACGAACCAUGUGAUCCACAAUCCGGCGACGUGUCCACUGGACCACGACACCUCUACAUAAUGAUUGACUUGGCCAUUAAAGUUGCCUUGGCUUAAUUUGUCAUAGGUUUUUGCGACCGUGUUAUUCAUUGCGCCUAUAAACGGCAAACAUUUGUUUUAUUUGAGUACGUAUGAGAUAAGUAUAUGUCAUGGAUUAGAGAAGGAUGAUUCUAUCCGAGGAGUGAUAUACUGAAUAGAUUUCUUUGAACAAAAUGUCAUAUCUUGCCAAAUUCAUAAUUGAGCGAUUGGAAAAGAGGUAUAUAUAUUUUUGUGCACCGUUUUGCUAAUACAGUAUAUGUUUUAAGAAUUAUAUAUGUAUUUUAUUUGCGCUUUGCUAGUUGCCAAUUAAGAUACUGGACGAUAAGCACUGAUUGAUUAACAGUAUAAAAUACGACCAAUAAUGAUAGAUAAUUAAAUAAUCAACAUGGAUUAGCCAUUAACUGAUGAAUGCAGUUAUAUAUAUUAUAUUACAUGUCUUAGUAUCGUGCACAACCACUACUAUGAAGAGAAAAUGAGAUACACAGCAAAGGGUAGACUAAUCUAUUGGUUCCGAAACUAAUUUUCUUUAAGUAAUCUCCCUCCAAAACAUCUCAUACUUCUGGUCCCGGCUUUAUACAAAUCUACUGGAUUGAAUCCAAGUUCAGAUGGCACUCUAAUUAUAUCGAACCUUACUCUAUUAGUUUCAAAACUGUUUGAAAUUGCAUAAAGACAUAGCUAAAAUCCUGUAUCAAAACCUUUAAGAGAGGUGUCGCAAAACAAUGCAUAAUUUAUUGCAAAUUUCGAAAUCUUGGCAAUGCUAACAUUAUUUUUGCCCUGCUGCGCCAAUGUGAAACGCUACCUAUUGCGUAAUUUAUUGUCAUCAAUUUCCCGCCAAUAUGUCUCUAUUGAUACCGAUGCUGUACCCGACUGAAUAUGUAUUACCAUGCCUGAUUGUCUGUUCCGACGCAAAAUUGAUUACUUUUUCGUACCAUAGAUAUUAAAAUGUACUUGUAUUAUUUAUUUGUAGCUCGUUGCCGAGGAUUGGCAUUUGUAAAUCUCACUGAAAAUAAGAUUCAACAGCACAAUGUCGUUAAGAAUUAAUAAAUUGAAUACUGUAAAACAA